AUGGCAAAAAGUAACCGUAACGCAAGAAGGACUGUGAAUGAGAUUGGUGAGGGGUCUGCGAGCAACGUGGCCAGGAAUGAAGCUGGUACGGAAGAGGCUCGGAAUGCUGCUCAGAAUGCAGCAAAUUUGAACAAUGCUGCAGCCGCUGGUGCUGCUGCUGGAGCUGUUGGAUUGAAGCUGUGUCAUGGACCACAUGCAGAAACUGGGAACCCAGUUCUUUCAGGUGGUUCCAAACCAGUGGAAGCAGAUCAAUGGAUUGACAGGAUAGGCCGGAACUUUAAGUCGAUCCGUUGUCCUCUUGCUUACAAGAAGGACAUUGCUGUCCACUACUUGGACGGUGAUGCGCACACCUGGUGGCGAGGUGUUGCUGCCCGGAUUGGUGAGGAUCACUGCACCUGGAGCAAUUUUAAGGCCGAGUUCCGUGCGAAGUACUUUCCGCCGGAAGCAUUUGACCAACUUGAGGGAGCCUUCCUCAGACUGGAACAGGGAUCUAUGUCUGUAAGGGAAUAUGAAGUAGAGUUCAACAGCCUCAAGAAGUAUGCUGGGCGUGAGGCAGAGUCUGAGAUAUCCUUGGUCCGUAAAUUCAUGCGCGGACUUAGGGUUGAUCUCCGAACUCGUUGUAAGAUCCGCAACUAUGAUACCGUGGCCGAACUGGUGGAAAAGGCCGCGGAGCAGGAAGCGGGAAUCAGUGAGGAAGCCAAAGUGUUUGGCUCAGUGGCGCAUGUCCAUCCUGGUAAGCAUGCGGGGAAGAAUCAAAAGGUGGUGAAGUCUGGCUCUUCCAGCAAGCCGAAUGCAACCAGUCGCAGUGCGUGUUCGACUUGUGGGAAGAUGCACUCUGGUGUGUGCCGUGCUGCUAUGGGAGCUUGUCACCGUUGUGGAAGUAUGGAUCACAAGGUGCGGGAUUGUCCUGAAGAAGAUCAAAGGCCGAAGAGCCAGAACAGGAGUACUGGGGAACGCGUGUGCUACAACUGCGGGGAAACUGGACACUUCAAGAAUCAGUGUCCAAAGGACGCACAAUCUGCUGGGAAGCGUCCGAGUGAUGGGCCUCAGCCGGCUGCGAAGAGGCAUGCCAUCAUGCCGCAGGUGUACACCAUUGGAGAUGAGUCGUCGGACCCAAGCACGUCUCGUCCGAUCACUGAGUAG